AUGGAUUUCUCAUAUGGCCUAAAGUUACAGCAGUCUCAAACUUUGAAAAAAGUUAAAACAUUUAAAUUGCCAGGUAAAUGUUUUGAAAAGAGUGUCGCGUGUACGUGGCGAAGAGGCAAUAAGUUUACGAUAUAUCCUCGCAGUCAAUCAACGGAGAAGUCGUUCGAAAAGUUAGAUUCGAAAAUUCUCGAUAUUCGCCAGGAAAUAUUACUUUUCUCGCCUAUUUUACGAAAACUUGUCAACGAGGCAAACGCCGUUUUUCUUUCUCUGCAAAAAGCAGGGGAAGUUGCGAAGACAUCAGAUAGCCAUGUUGAAUUUUUAAAAUUAUCACGACAUUACCGUUCCAUUGUGAGAGUGUGUGUUGAGAGUUUUCAAGAAGCCGCCGAGAAGGAGACUGACGGUUUGGAGAGAAAUAGUCUCCAGUCAUAUAUUACAAUCUUUUAUUCUAUUGAAUGCAUUUGGCACUUGUGUGAGAUAUUAUACAUUGAUGUGAUUCCUGGUGAGAUUGUGUUACCUUUUAUAUUGGAAUGGGUGAGAUUCCACUUUCCAUGUCAUGAGCAAACUGCAGCUAUAUUGUUAGAGGCCUGUGAGAGGGGUUCGGAAGUAUCCCCUGAGUAUUGGGACACAGUUAUUGGUAUGGUUGUGCAAGGGAGGAUAGAUGUCGCUAGGGCUCUGUUAAAACUUCAUUCAGCUGCAGACAGCAAUGAAUUUAAAUUGCUUGAUGGUUCACUAAGAACUAUGCCAAUGUAUAGUGUGUAUGGAGGUAUAUCAAGUGGAGAGUUUACAAUAUCUUGGAAACAUUGGCAAGCUGAAUGCAGAUCUAAGUACAGCAGUGGGGCUUUGGCCCAAGAACCGCACCUGGAACUCAUUUUGAGGAUCAUGAUUGGAGAAUACUCAGCCUUUGAAUCAAUCAGAAAUAAAUACACUUCGUGGUUUGACAUGCUUGGAGGCUGGAUACUGUUCACGAUGCCAUGGGCGAAGCGCCGGGAACUGGCGGCGGCGGCGUCGGCCUGUGCCGCUUUGGCUCCGGGAGGUCGCACCCAUUUGGAUAUUAUUGUUCAGGCAUUACUCGAAGGAGACCUGCACCAGGUGAUACAUGAGAUUCAACAAAUAUCAGACAACGGGUGGUUUGCAACUCAUCUCACAGACAUGCUAUAUCACAGUGGGAAGCUUCAGAUAUUGGACAAACAAAUUGAUGUUACAGCACGCCUUCGGGAUAGUCUAAUUUUGGAAUUUGGGUCACUUCCCAAGGAACACAACCCCCUUUGGUGCGGCGGCUUUUUUUUUCCCGGGGGGCUUUGGGAGACACGACCUCUUCUCCUUGACACAUUGCCAUUGUUAGAAACAGAAGCACCUGUGCUAUCGGCAGAGGACACCUAUGAGGUCAUGUUAUGUUUAGAAUUACACUCUGGAGAGUUAGCCGGUGAGAAAGCAGACCUUUUACGGUUGGCAUUAGCUAGAAACCUUGCUAGAACAGCUCUAUUAGAUCAACCUGAUGAUUAA